CGUAAUCACUCCCAUAAUUAUCUACUAAAUGAUACCCCGCAACGUGACUACUAAAUUAUGGGAGAGGAGACGCGUCGUUGUUUGAUGUUUCACAAACCGUCGUUUGUAAAAUAUGUCGAAUUUCUUGUACCUGUGUAGUACGGAUUCGCUUAAAUGAUCGUAUUUCUAACGUGAAAAUUCGGCGCGCUAGACAUAUUUAUCAAUAAAAGAUUCACUUUAACACGUGUACCGAUAUGUAGAGCACGAAAAAGCUUAACUACACGACUCGAUUUACGUUGAUAACCCAAUUAAAUGUUUUAUAAUACACAGUAUAAAACAAUUGUUUCAUUGCGAUGUUGUACGUAUUUUAGUAAAGUGUUGUGUCUUUUACGUUUUAACUCAUAAAGAUCAAUGUUUGACAAAUGAAUUUCCUAGUCAGUAUUCAAUUUUUUUCAAUACAUUGCUUGUGUGCAUAUAGUCAAUAAAUUAUUAAUCAACUAUGAUGAUGGAUGAUGUAAAUUAUUUCGGUACAAACAAUAAUGAUGACAAGAUAAAUACUUCAUAUCAUUUAUUAAGUAUAGAAAAUACAGAAAAGCAACACGUAAAAGUAUGCCAAGUAUUUUUAAGAAAAGUGUAUACACUUCUAAUACUUCAAUUGUUUGCAUUCAACUUAAUGGGAUUUUUCUGUUUAUUUACACCAAAAAUACGAUUUUUUAUUUACAACUUUGAAUAUAUGUUAUCUAUUACAUUAAUUUUUAAUGUGGCUGUACUUAUAUUUUUACAUAUGAAACGCAAGCAUUAUCCUGCUAAUCUUAUAAUUUUAAUAAUUUUUACUGUUAUAGAAGCUUGUACUGUAGGAAUUGUAGUCACAUCAUUUGAUUUAUUUAUACUGCUACAAACAUUAUUACUCACCUUAGUUUCAAUAAUAGCAACAAUAUUAUAUUUAAGUAAGACAAAGAGAGUGGGAUUAUCUUUGACUGAAUAUUGUGUUUUGCUAAUUAUAACUAUAUUUUCGUCUGGUGUGUUAAUACAAAUAAUACUGGGCAGUACUACAUAUGAACUCGUAUUGUCAAGUAUUAGUUCAUUAUUAUUUUCAAUGUUCCUCGUGCAUGAUGCUCAGAAAUUGAUGUGGAAAUUACAUCCUGAAGAUUAUGUUUUUGGUACCAUUAGUAUAUAUUUUGAUAUAAUCAAUUUAAUUCCUUAUGCACUUCAUAAAGUUUAUAACUUAAGAUUCUAAUAUAUUAUAAUUUUAAAAUUAAAAUAUGUAAAAGUUA